UCAACAGACGCCAAUUUUUGUUUUUGUACGUGGGGCUGGUCGUCUCCGCUCUCUUUGGCCCUUGACUGCCUGGGGCGCCGAAAACAAUUUUGUUCCGGGUAGCUGACGCGGUUCCGCAAACUGGAUGGUACAUGGUGUGCAGUGGAGAUAUCUUUCAGGCACAUGAUUGUCCAUUAAUACACCGACUGAUUCUCUUAGACACCGGAAGUGACUACGGCAACGGUAGCAACUAUGGAGAAGCUCUCUCCACGUACUAGCUGUGAUCUUCAAGGAGAUGAUAUUGGCAUUGGAACGCCAGAUAGAAGACGGAGUCUGUGCUCGCGUAAAUCAUCCGGACUGCCGGCACCUGGCAGCCCGUCGAUGCAGCGGACUGCGCAGUCAGCAAACCUUUUAGCACAGCGUCUUGCCGAUGCCUCGCACCUACUCGGCUCCAUAAAGGAUGGUAUCAACACAUUUGAUCGGCAAAUGGGAAAUCUGAACAAUGCACUUAUCGACGCACGGAGUCAAAUGGACAAGUCACUUCAGAUAAGCAGAGAUAUCUCGACAAAGCUCUCCCCUUGCCGUCACGUGAUGCUAUCUGCCAGAUCAUCUGCAUCUUGACCAAGCGUGAGUGAAUUACAACGGAGCACAGUGCUCCACUGUCAUCAUGACCAAGCAUGACUGAAAUGCGAUGGAACACAGUACUCCGCUGUCAUCUUGACCAAGCGUGAUUGAAAUGCGACUGAGUGCAGUGCUUUGCUGUCUGCUGCUCUGACAUGAGAAAAGAUAACCUGAUGUAGCAGUGGCUGAAGCCAACCUUCGCUGCCCUCAGCAAAAUAUGCCGGACGAUUUUCUUGUGCCGCACUAACCACUUACUGUAUAUUUCGUGAUUAUUUUUUUCAUGUUUAUGGCACCUGAGUGCCAUGGAGCUCUGUCUUGAUGAAACAGACAUAACCCCCUCCCCUUGUCUUCUUUAGUACAUCCAACUUCAAAUACCAUUUUUCAAUUCUACUCUAUUCUGAACUCUUCAGCUGCGAUUGUUCUAUUUUCCAUGACAGAACUUGAUCAUUUCUCUAGGAAGAUGUGUAUUGACAAGUACAAAUGAUUACAACAUACCGCUGAGUUUUUCUGCUAUAGUAUUUAUUUUAGCUCAUUUCUCGAACUAGCUUGUUAGGCCAUAUUAGAUUCAUGCUUGCUUUGGAUGCUUCUGGCUAGUGAUCCCAGUUGGCCCUGUUUGAUCCGAAUGGAUUUCUGGUCAUGGUAUUGCAUGGUUGGGGAUGAGAGGCAGCGAGUACCUGGUCUUCACUGGGGAACUCACUGCCAGGUAUGCAAAGUAAAGUGUCCUGCCUGACAUUGCAAUCAUAUAAACACAGGAAAUUGAGAUUGACUCUUGUACAGUAUACCGGUACUCUGUCUUGUAGACUUUAUAUGCGCUGUGCGAAAUCAUAAUUAUACCGGUAAAAAAGAAGUA